AUGCCCAACGAAUUCUACGUGCGUUACAACGAUUUGGACAACAAAAUGGAUGCCUGGGUGGGCGAGGACCGCAUUUCGGACACGCCGGAAGGUUUGGGUGGAUACCAAGGUGGCAGGGAAGGCAACAAACUCACAGAUGAGGAAAAGAAAAACAAGAAAAGUCAGCCGAUCAGAAACAUUGAAAAAGUGCAGUUCGGGCGAUACGAGAUCGACACUUGGUACCACAGUCCAUAUCCAUACGAAUACGGCGAGGUGCCAAUUCUCUACGUUUGUGAGUUUUGCCUGAAGUACAUGCGCUUGCGGGAGUCCUAUGCCUAUCACCUUCAUGAUUGCAAGCAAAGGCAACCGCCGGGCAGCCUAGUAUACCGGAACGACAAUAUCUUCAUUUUCGAGGUGGAUGGCGACAAGGAGAAGCUGUACUGCCAGUGCCUCAGCCUGCUGUCCAAGCUCUUCCUGGAAUACAAGAACCUGAUCUACGACCCUUGUCCCUUUAAGUUUUAUGUGAUGUGCGUUAAGGAUCAGGAUGGCCACCACAUGGUGGGCUACUUCGCCAAGGAAAAGGAAUCGGAGAUGAACUACAACUUAAACUGCCUCCUCGUUUGGCCGCCAUUUCAGCGGAAGGGUUAUGGAAAGCUGCUAAUCGCCCUCAGCUACGAAAUUUCCCGCAAGGAGGGCUUAAUCGGCGGACCGGAAAAGCCGCUAUCGGCUUUGGGCAGGCUUUCCUACCGCGGCUUUUGGGGCUACACACUCCUCGAGAAGCUUAAGAACCUGAGGACGAAGCAGGUGACCAUUAAAAAGCUGAGUCAGUUAACUUACAUCGCGGAGGAGGACAUUGCCUACACUCUGGAGGCUGUGAAGCUGAUGAACUACUUUAAAGGUGACCACAUCAUAUGCACCAAUCGACAUAUAAUCGAAGCACGACUAAGCUUGCCGCAAAUGAGGAAGCCAAAGUUGGUCAUUAACCGCAAAGGUCUUUCCUGGAAGGUCUAA